GCAUUCCAUACCCGGAAGCUGGCCGGUAGGAGGUACGCAUGCGCACCUGCGCAGUUGCCGAGAGACUGGAACACAAGGGAGCAAGACUUCGGUGGAUGGGAGAGGCGCGCGGAGGCUGGCAAGAGGGCUGCAAGUGGAGUAUUAAUACCAAUCAUGGGUGAUGAAGAAGAUGACUACAUGUCGGAUUCCUUUAUUAAUGUUAAUCAGGACAUCAGACCAGGCAUGCCAAUGCUGAGGCGUACAAAGGAAGUGUUUAAGAAAGAAGAAAAGCAAAAGGAAGCUAACGAGAGAAGUCGGCAAAAGAGUAUAAAAGAGCAGGAGAAAGAACAACGUGAUACUGUUUUAAACAUUGCUUUGGGAAACGAGAAUAAAGGCUUUGCUAUGCUUCAGAAGAUGGGUUAUAAAAGUGGUCAACCUCUUGGCAAAAGUGGAAAGGGGAUUGUCGAGCCUAUUCCUCUGAACAUUACCACAGGCAGAAGUGGGCUUGGCCAUGAAGAAGUGAAGAAACGGAAAGCUGAAGAAAACUUGGAAAACUACAGGAGAAAAAUGCAUAUGAGGAAACAAGCGGAAGAACAGACGGCUGACCUCUUCAAAUUGAGAUUGAAGACCAAACAGGAGCAACUGCAAGUAAAACGAGACCUUGUGAAAAGUCAGAAAGCCUGUCAGCAACUAGAUAUGCAGAAAGGCCUUGAAUCCCCCAAAGAGAUGUGGUUCUGGUUAAGGGUGGAGGAGGAAAAAGAAGAUGACGUGAAUGCAGAGGACGAGGAGGAGGAAGAAAAAGAGGAAGAUGAGUUUGACGAAUCAGAAAAGUUAAUCAUGUUGACAGCAUAUCUAAGGGAAGAACACCUCUACUGCAUUUGGUGUGGAACAACCUAUGAUGAUAAAGAAGAUUUAUCCUCAAACUGUCCUGGAGACACUUUUGCAGACCAUGAAUAACUUUCCUAAAGCAAGAACAGUAAAUGCUGCAAGAACAAUCCAGCAUAAAGAUAUCGAUCAGUUCAGAAGACCACAUAUAUUUUUGUAGGGGAAAGGUUUUUGAAAUGUAUUUAUGUAUAUAUUGUAGCACUGGAAUUGUGCUGAAGUCCUGUUCAUUUGGAAGUAUGGAUAUAAAGGUGCUCCUUCCCAAAGCUGUACACUAAGAAAAUCUUCUAGGAGCUGCAUAAUCGGUUGACUCUGAGCUGUGAACUUUAGGUACUCUUCUUUUUUAAAAACAAAGCUCAUUUGUUAUUUUUGUGAAAAAUGCAGCAAACAGGAUUGGGUCGAUCCUCCUUUACACCCCAAUCAAUUAUGGAAGAAGUGGAAUACUGAUCUAGUGCAGAAAAUAGAACAGGAGGGCUGGAAAGGUCCAAAAUGUGUAUAUAUAGAGGCCAAAAAUAAGAUCAGGACAUUUGGUUAAAAUACUACAUGUACUAACUUAGGAGUAAGUCCUGUUGACCUUCAUUGUAAAUAUUCUAAAUAUGCCUUUUACUGUUGACCAAACUGCUAAGUUUUGUAAUUUUUGGUGUUUUAUACCAAAGGUCUUUCAAUCCACUUUCCUAAUGUCAGCAAAGGCUUAAAACAGCAAAUGUUGGAACUGUUCAGUAGCUUUGAGUUUCUGUAUCACUAUUUACAGCUGAAUACAUUUGUUGUGUGUGUAUGUCUAAACAAAUUUAUAUCUUCUUUUUUUACUAAUCUGCAAAUUGGCUCAAAUGUAUAAAAAAUACACUAGGCAUACUGAGAACUCCAUACAGUACUGAAAACAAAAAUAACUAUGGUACCUGCACUGAAACAGGAGGUGGUAACUAAUGUUAUUGUAGUCCAUCUGAUGUUGACUCUGCCAGCCUCCCUUUCUCUUCUGAGUUGGUUCUUUGGUUAAAAGGUUUUUUUAAAUGCCUUUCUGGCUAAAUUAGUUGGUGGGCUCGAGUAGUUUCUGUUUAAGGUUAAUCCACUUUACUGCCCAUGGAAAAUGGCAAGAUCAAGCCAACAUUAAGGUAAAGUGUGAACCAGACAGCUAGCUUUACAUGGAAGUAACCUCUAAUGGACUCAGUAGCCCUUACACCCGAGUAAAAGUGUUGUCUUUUUCAGUGGGGAAGUUUCAAGUAGAUGAAACGCUCAAUGGCUUGUCAAAGUGUUCAGGUUUGGCUAGAUUGUGCCUCAAGUUAUCAGGAGCAAGAAUUUGUGACAGUACUAAUGAAAGCAGAAGGGUGGCACGUAAUACUAGUGUGCAUUAAAAAGGAAAUAACACAUCUCCUUACAGUUUGAUUCCUUUCCUUUAUAUACAAUGUGAUUCACUGUACCUUCCUCGAUAAUCUAAAAGUGGGCCACCUGCCAGACUCUAUAUAGAACACAAUUAUUUGCAUUAAGCAGUCACGGUGUAGCACCCAUUGCUGGCUGCAUUUGGCAUCUUCAUUACUAAUUGUGCACAGGGAUAGAUUUUUACCAAGAUUUGCACCCGAGAGGUGUCUCGGUUCAAGUGCAUGGCCAAGAUGCGCUUUAAGGUAAUCAUUGCUGUCGAUGUUUCCUGCAUACAGACAUGCCUCUUCCUUUGUAUGCCAUGUAGCUUCUAAAAGAAAUGAACAAUGUGGGGAUUUUAAAUGCACGUCAUUUAUUAGGAAAGAAAGCAGCUAUAGAACAGUAACAUAAGCUGUGCAUGCACAAUAAAAACAUUACAAUUUCCCAAGAUAUGGGAAAUACAUGCUUCGGUUGAAAAAUUAUAUUGUAAAAUGUGCUUCUCAAUACUGUACCAGUGAUUUAAAAACAAAUUUAAUAUUCACUACAAAGUUCCAUGAAAGAAUUCAAGUUAAAGACUUAGAAUAGAUUACCGGUAGGUUUCAUUUAGAAUCCAGUAUAAAUAUUCUCCUCUAGUGUUGGAUGAUGGCACCAAAAAGCAGUUCCCUGUGAACUAGGUGCAAUGGAAUUACUCAGGAGUAAGUUGACACAGCUGCAGCUUUAUGGUAUAAAAAACUCAUCAAAUCCUAGCUGUUAAAAACAUCCCUUUGCAAUGAAUUGUUCACAGCACAAGCUGCACAGAUUUCACCAUUCAAGUUAUUUUCACAUGGCUUGUAAAAUCCAAAUCAAGAGAGACUAUGAAAGCUUUGGACUGUUGUCUGGAUGCACUGGUGGACUGGAUGAGGUCAAUAAAGUGUACAUGAACCCUGGCAAGACCGGGGCUCUUUGGAUGGGUGAUUCCCAUGUUUGGAAAGUCACUAGUUUUAGAUGGGGUUGCACUCCCUGUGAAGGAGUAUGCAUGUAGCUUGGGGAUACUCCUGGAUACAUCUUUGUCACCCAAGAUUCAAGCAUACUUUGUGGCUAGGAGUGCCUUUUACCAGCUUCGUGUGCUUCACAACCUAUGGCUAUUCCUAUACAGAGAUAGCCUGACUACUGUAGCUCAUGUGUUGGUAACCUCAAGGCUGGAUUACUGUAAUGCUGCUCUUUGUGGGGCUGCCCUUGGGUUUGGUUCAGAAGCUCCUGCUGGGGCUCUGCUUGAGAGCACACAACACAGCAUCGUUCAACAACUGUACUGGCUUCUCAUUACUGCUCAGGAUUCUUGUGUGUGUUUACAAAAUCCUGAAAAACUUAGGUUCAGGGCACCUCAGGGAUUGCCUGGAACUCUUUUAUCCCAGCUCAAUCACUGAGAUCACCUGCAGGAGCAUCUUGGGUUGUUCCCAAAGUUGGUGAGGCUCAUUUGACAAGAAGCCCUUUAGAGUCAUCACCCCAAUCUUGUGGAAUACUCUGCCAACUAUUAAACGGCUGCUGAAAAUGUUUCUGUUCCUCUCAGCCUAUGAAGGCAUUUAACAAGACAUCUUUCCGCAAUGGUCAGUUAAUGCCCGUUUAACUUUUUAUUGUAUUAUAAUUUUUUUUGCUGUAAACCACUUUGAUAUACAAUGGUACCUCGGUUUAAGAACAGUCUGGUUUAAGAACUACAGUAUUUGGUUUACAAACUCCACAAAACGGUUUGAGAACUUUACCUUGGUCUAAGAAUGGAAUCCGAACGGUGGAAGGGCACCGGCAGUGGGAGGGAGGCCUCAUUAGGAAAGGAUUAAGUUUGUAAACCAAGGUACCAGUGUGUGUGUGUGUGUGUGUGUGUGUGUGUGUGUGUGUGUGUAAAAUGAUGCAGUGGUAUACAAUUUUUUUUAUGAAUAUAAGGGUAAAGGUAAAGGAACCCCUGACCAUUAGGUCCAGUCGUGACCAACUCUGGGGUUGUGGCGCUCAUCUUGCAUUAUUGGCCGAGGGAGCCGGCUUAUAGCUUCCAGGUCAUGUGGCCAGCAUGACAAAGCCGCUUCUGGCGAACCAGAGCAGCGCACGGAAAUGCCGUUUACCUUCCCGCCGGAGUGGUACCUAUUUGAACUGCUUUUGAACUGCUAG